UGGAUUGUGGCGCACUUUACUCCCCGGGACCCCCCCCCUCUCCCUUUGCCUGGGAUUUUGGGAAAGCGGGGCGCAGGUUGAGGAUCGGGGCCAGGAUGGCUCUGCGCUCCUCUUGCUCCUGGUGUUGGUGAAAGUGGUCCUGCGCGAGAGCUGCUUCGGCAACUCCUCGCAUUCCCUGAAGUAUUUCUACACCUCCAUCUCGGAGCCCAGUCAGGGGCUGCCCCAUUUUGUCACUGUGGGAUAUGUGGACGGGCACGUCUUUGUUCACUACGACAGCAACAGCCGGAGGAUGCAGCCUCGAGUCUCCUGGAUGGAGAAGGUGGGGAUGGAGGACCCCCAAUACUGGGACAGAGAGACCCAGAGAGAACGUGGCACUGAGGAGACGUCCAGAGAAAACCUGGAGAUUGCGAGGACUCGCUACAAUCAGAGCGAAGGCUUUCACAUCAUACAGGUAAUGUGUGGCUGUGAGCUCCAGGCUGAGGGGAGAAAAGGAGGAUUUUGGCAAUAUGGCUACGAUGGGAGGACCUUCCUCACCUUCGACAAGGAGAGACUCACCUGGGUGGCUCCCCAACCCCAGGCCCAGAUCACCCAGAGGAAAUUGAACGCUAUUGCAGGAUAUAAUCAGAGACGGAAGGCCUACCUGGAGGAAAUCUGCAUUGAGUGGCUGGAGAAGUACCUGUCCUACGGGAAGGAGACGCUGCUGAGGACAGAGCCCCCAGAGGUGACCAUGAGCAGCAAGAUGGAGGUGGAGGAUGGGAUGGAGAUGCACAUCUGCCGCCUGGAUGGCUUCUACCCCAGGGAGAUUGAUGCCUUCUGGACGAGGGACGGGGAGGUCUGGCUGCCGGACACCCUCCGUGGCUCCGUGGCCCCCAACGCGGAUGGAACCUAUCACCGCUGGCUCAGCAUCCAGAUCGAUCCCAAAGAGAGGGGCCGCUAUCGAUGCCACGUGGAGCAUGACGGCUUGCAGGAGCCUCUGGACGUAGCCCUGGAGGAGCCAAAAUCCAACGUGGGGAUCAUCAUCGGCUGCAUUGUGGCUGGCCUUGUCUCAGUGUGCACGAUUGUUGGGAUCUUGGCUUGUAUUUACAUUCUCAACAAGCGUCAAGAAGGCUACAGAGUAGCAUCAAGAGAAUGAUUUGUCCUCAUUACAUGUGAGCUCCAAUUCAGAGCGAGAAUCAGAGGCAACGUCAGUUGAGAUGUGUGCAUGUGUGUCCAAGCACAAAAGAAGCUCAUGAAGAGUUGUGCUAUCUUCCUCUUCCUCUCAAGAACUAAGCUGUGGAAGGAGGGCCCCCUUUUCAUGACAACCAGGCUAUUCUUGGGAGUGGAGACUCCAAGGAGAAACAUCUGGGACAAGGAACCCUCAAGAGGAUGAGAAGACCCAGCUGGGUGGACAAUCCCUCUGACUGAGAUGCUGUUUCCAAGAAGGUGGAAAGGAAAAGUUUGGGCCACCACAUGAUCAGGAGGAGGCAAUUUUGAGAGAAAAGAAGGUUUGGAAGGUGCCAGCUGGAUCUCCUCUUGGUCUCCCACCACAAAGGCUCUCCAAGUAUGAACGGAUUGGAACAAGAGACUUUGGGGCCAUCUGUAUGUUGUGCUCCUUCUGGUUCUGGUGAAAGCAGAAUUUCUUUGGGACAAUUUUGCUAGGGAACCUGAGGAGCUAAUCAUUCAGAGAGAGAAGAGACCUGGGGGGGGUCAGGAGGGGGUGGCUGAGAUUUUGUCUUCCCAGGAGACGUGGGUUGAAUUUGGUCCGGGGCCUCCUGAGGGAGCGGAUGGGGCCCUUUGCAGCAGAAGCUCUGCCAGGUUUCCUCUGCACUUCCUGCCCUUCCUGGCCGGGGAAAACCUCUGCAGUGGACAGGGAACAAAGUGGGGCAACAGCAAAGAUUUCCUGGGUUUCCUUUCACACAAUCACACACACACACCCCUCUGUCUUCCUUCCCCUCCCUAUAAAGAUGCCUUAUGGAUCCGAAUAGCCCCACAGUGCUACCAACUCAUUUCCUCCCAGUUGAGGUGAAGGUCUCUUUUUGCUCCAUGGACACAACUAGGAAGCUUUCUUGGCACCGAGACAGAAACGGCAAAUUACACCCAUGUCCUGUGGUCUGGGGAUUCCCAUUUGGGGCUUUCCCAGCCAGCUUCCCUCAAGGAAAGUCGAGGGGGAAGCCUGCAAGGAAAGUCGCAGUCGUGUGAUGUCUUGCUUAAUGACCAGUGGUCACGUGAUGCCUCACUGCUUAAUUUUCAAAGGCUUGUGUGGUCAUAAGUCAAGGAGCCCCUGGACGAAGAGCUUGGGAUGCAAACAAAGUUUUCAUAAGAGGAUAGUUUAACGUAACGGUCACUUUAAGGAGAAAAAGGCAAGAGAGAAUACAAUUUAUUUGGGAUGAGAUUUUUAAAAAAGGGAAGAAGUUUUAAAUAGUUCCUAGAGAGGGCAUCUAUUAUGCACCAAAUGAAGCUUCCACAGAGACAAUUAAUUGUGCUAAGUAAUAACAAUAAUUAAAUAAUAGUAUUAUCAAUGAGCGAGAUGGAAAUAAAGAUCAAUUAAUAAGA